CUAAAAACCCAACCAAAGCAUUAGUUUUUUCAAAGCUUUGCAAGAAACGGAAUGACAACUUUCACGACACUCUCCCAAACCAAACCCUCUUUUACUGGAAAGAAUUGUCAAGCAAGUAAAGAAAUGAGGUUGUUCUUAGUGGGAGAAGAUUUGUUUUUGUUUGAGCGCUUUUAAAUAUCCGGUAAUGAAGUGUUUCCACUAUUUCAAGGACAAGUCUAGAAGCAAGGGGCAAAGAUCAGCCCCGGAGUUGAGACAGGAAAGGAGAUCGGAGGGAUUUUCAGGGCCUGACCGGAUCACAAAGUCCUCGUGUUCAGGCUCAGUUGCUUCUCCGCGUAGCAUACCGGAGUUGUACGAAGCAAAAGCUCCCAAUUUGAGGGUCUUCUCUUUCUCGGAGCUUAAACAAGCCACACAUGAUUUCAGUCUGCAACUUAAGAUCGGCGAAGGCGGCUUUGGGAGCGUCUACAAAGGUACUAUCAAGCCUUCUGAUGGGAAGGGUGAUGAGCCUUUGGUGGUUGCUAUUAAAAAGCUUAACAAGAAUGGUUUGCAGGGACAUAAGCAAUGGGUGGCUGAAGUUCAAUUUCUCAGCGUAGUCGAACACCCCAAUCUCGUCAAGCUCAUCGGAUACUGCGCUGUCGAUGGAGAAAGAGGGAUCCAGCGUCUUCUGGUGUAUGAAUUUAUGCAAAAUAAGAGCUUAGAAGAUCAUCUUUUCCGUCGUGUAUUCCCACCUCUUUCCUGGAAAACAAGAUUACAAAUAAUACUUGGAGCAGCACAAGGACUAGCAUAUCUGCACAACGGCUUAGAAGUUCAGAUCAUAUACCGAGACUUCAAAGCCUCCAAUGUGUUAUUGGAUGAGAAUUUCAACCCAAAACUUUCGGAUUUCGGGCUUGCAAGGGAGGGACCAAUGUCCGGCCGUACGCAUGUUUCAACAGCGGUCGUAGGGACAUACGGUUAUGCUGCUCCCGAUUACAUCGAGACCGGACAUCUAACAGAUAAGAGUGAUGUAUGGAGUUUCGGGGUGGUAUUAUACGAGAUACUCUCCGGCAGGCGGUCACUGGAAAGAGGGCGUCCAAAAGCAGAGCAGAAAUUAUUGGAUUGGGUGAAACAAUUCCCUGCUGAUAGUAAAAAGUUCAGCUUAAUAAUGGAUACUCAACUCGAAAACCAGUAUUCAAUCAGAUCGGCUCGAGAAAUUGCUAAGUUAGCAGAUACUUGUUUAGUAAAAAGUCAGAAGCAGCGGCCCAAGAUGAGUGAAGUGGUGGAGAGACUAAAGCAGAUAAUCCAAGUUUCAGAGGACGGAAACGCCGAGAAAAUUGAGAAUCCUUUCGAGGCAGGCGAAACAGACGAGAACUCGAAUAAUUCGGAUAACGGAGUGACGGAAUCAUGGAAGAGGCGGAUGGCACACCUUGCGAGAUUGGGAGAGCAUGUAGAAGGUGCAAGUAGGAGGAGAUUGAUGAUGUUGCAAAGGGCUAAAGCGCCUGCCCUUCAUUAGCGUUGUAUAAUGGCCUACCUAGUUAUACUAAUCACUG